AUGCAAACAAAUGAUAAAAAAGAGAUAGAACUUCUUGAUAAAAAUGGAAAGGCAAAGCAUUUAAGUUCCACAGAAAGAAAGGCAGCCAUAGAAGCAGCUAUUGAUGAGUGUGACCCGAAAUUGGUGCAACUUUUAUUAGGGGCAAAGUAUUGCAUGCUCUGGCAGUAUUGGCUUGUUCGGGCAAUCUUCAACUUUGACAUGCUCUUUUUAUCUAAAAUGACUAAAUGUGAACUUCCCCUUGAUAUUGCUAAUAAACAGCUGAAAUACCUUAGUGACAAGAAGCACAUUGACAUUAAAGAAUUAAAUAGUAUUCAAGAGAAUUGUAAAAGGGAAUACUACAAAAAGGCGGAGGAGUUUUAUGGAAAUAAUAGAUUAUUACAAAUAAAACGUGAUACAGGUGGAAGAAUACAAUUGGAAAGUACUGCUAGAAAGUCAUUGGUAGAAUCUACAGUAGCACAACAAUUAGCGGGUACUAGUCUGCAGUGUUACCGUGAUAAUAAUGGAGGUUGUGAUGUUCCUGACAGCAUUGAAGCAGCUGUUAAUGCCGAUUUUUCUCAAGAAUGUAAGUCAAUGAUGACAGAAUCAAUCAAUGAAUUUAAACAAAUAACUCAAAGUACCGAUGAUGUACGUGAUUUACAAAAUGCUCUACGUGGUAAAGUUAGAAAGUAUGGAAAAAUCUCUUUCCUCAAAAAUUGA